GUCUCUUCGAAGUAGUAAAAAACUGCUAACAAAAAUAUUCUCUCGUCUUUCGUCUGCACACAAUAGUUAAAACCCAGUCGAUUUGUAGUAUUAGUCGAGAUCGGAAGUUACCACCCGCCAUCAACGCCGCCCCGGCGAAGCUCUCCGCCGCCGCUCCAUCAUUCCGUUUCCGGCGUGUCCUUAUCGGAGGAGGAGUGCGCACUGUCACUCGUCUCGGCCCCUUCCGCUCUACCACGUGGAAAGGCAAAGUUCUUGAUACAUAGAGCUGUCGUGAAGAUUGUAAUUUUGUUGUUUCAUUCGACCCCAAUCAGCUUUGCCUGUUCCUGACCUCAACUUUUCAACCUCGCCAACAGUAUCAACUACUAUAAUAGAUUUCUGUUUACAUUUAGUUUUUCCAUGGAAGCUCAACGGAUUAUUUCCAUAUUUUGUCCAAAAUCAUCACUAACUCCAUCAAUUCCAAUGGUGAAGCAACCGUUCUCUUUAAAUUUCGCUCCUCUAGACUCUUUAUCGUCAUACCCUUUUCUCCGGUCUCAGACCUUUGGCUUCCCUACUGAAGCUUUACAUGCUACCAGCUUUGUGCACAAAGAAGUCUAUUCUAGUUCUUGGAGAAUAUUGGGUAGUAAGAGUAGUAGUACUGUAGAACUAGAGGAGGACCGUGGGGUGAGGGCUCGGGUCACAGUGAGAAGGAAAAAGCUAGCAGUUUUCGUGUCUGGCGGAGGAUCCAACUUUAGAUCAAUUCACGAGGCCUCUAAAAGGGGGUCUCUUCAUGGAGAUGUUACUGUAUUGGUCACAGAUAAAAGUGAGUGUGGAGGUGCAGAGUAUGCAAAAAAUAAUGGUAUCCCAGUUAUAUUGUUCCCUAAAGCAAAGGAUGAACCUAAACGAUUAUCUCCAAGUGACCUUGUUGAUACACUAAGGAAAUUUGAGGUAGAUUUUGUUCUUUUAGCUGGAUACCUCAAACUGAUACCAGUGGAAUUGAUCCGAGCUUAUGAAAGAUCUAUAUUCAACAUUCAUCCAUCACUUCUUCCAGCUUUUGGAGGCAAGGGCUACUAUGGCAUGAAGGUUCAUAAAGCAGUAAUUGCUUCUGGAGCAAGGUUUUCAGGUCCUACCAUUCAUUUUGUUGACGAACACUAUGACACAGGGCGUAUCCUUGCACAGCGUGUGGUCCCUGUGCUUGCUAAUGAUACUGCAGAAGAGUUGGCUGCAAGGGUUCUCAAAGAGGAGCAUCAAUUAUAUGUUGAGGUGGUGGAGGCUUUAUGUGAAGAUCGUAUCAUUUGGAGGGAAGAUGGUGUUCCUCUCAUCCAAAGCAGAGAAAACCCCAAUGAGUUUCACUGAUUAUCAUUUAUAUUGUAUAUGAUACUCUUUUACAUUUCUUUGAGUGCUGUAAAAGGUUUUUGUAUGCUUAAUCUUUGAGGAGGCUGAGCAUUUUGAUCCUGCUCAACAAUUUUCUGUUUGGAUCUUUGCCGGCUGAUAUUGGCCAAUGCUACACACUACAGAGAGUUCGUUUGGAACAGAACUAUUUGACAGGGUCAAUACCAAAUGGUUUUCUGCA